UCGUAAGGCAAGCGCCAUCUUCAAAGUUACUUCCUGUUGACAUACGCCCGGUUACUUCAAAUGGCCCGCCCGCGACAGGGGAGUUAACGUUUGUGACAGACUAUGAUGAUCUGAUAUCAGCCCUCAUGAAAAAGAAUUUCGAAACUAGGCAGAAAAGAGACGGUCCUAACACUACUACUCCACUUGGUUGGCUUGGCAACCAGCUGUCACCAACUGCUAUCAUGGAUCACAUUUCAGGUUAUAGUAGUCUGGUUACCAUAACAACUGGCAUCAACAACGUUUUCGACUGGUGUCAGCAAAGCUUUCACACAGUAAGAAAUGGUGUGGGGAGAGUGCGGAGCGUGUGGAUGAUGCAGCAGCAACUACAGGAGACGCUGCAGCGCGUCCAGGAGCUGGAGCACGAGCUUCGUACAGUCCGACAAGAGAAGGAAACGUUGGUUCAAGAUGCGAAAAAGGCUGUUCCUGGUUCGGCCUGCGGGGUACCACCUCCUCCCCCGCCCCCCUGUGCCCCUCCACCCCCUCCACCUCCACCGCCGCCCCCGCCCCCACCGGCACUGCCCCCUCAGAAGCUGGUGUUCAAGAAGAAAAGGAGGUGUGAUGACCAGACACCAGAGGAAAACAAGUCAUCUGGGAAGAUGGUCGUUACAGCAGCUGAUUUACUGAAGGUCAAACUGAGGUCAACGCCGCGAGACACCAACCAGGGAAGCCACGAACAGGGAGACAGUCAAGCACAUGUUGUGAGUGUGGAGGACUUGAAGCGCGUGUCGCUGAGGAAGACACAGUCAGCCAUCACCCUAGGGGAGCUCGGCAAGGAGAACAUACAACACAUGCUUGUCAAGGAAGUCCUGGUCAACCGCAUGAAGCUGAGGAAGACCACCGUCCAGAGGAGUCCGGGGGGAACCCCCAUCAUUGACAGCCAGGAGAAGAAGAGGAAUAGGGAGACCGGGCAGGGCCUCACUCCCAUCAUGACCAGAGCCCUGAGGAAGAAGUUCAAGCUGGUCAAGUCACAUAGCAUCUCCUCCAACGACUCCUCCAGCUCCUUCUCCAGCCCCGACCUUCCUCCGUCACACGCAGCAUCAUUUACAACACCAGACUCCACGCCAACAUCAUCUUCCACAGACAAGAUGGCCAAAUCAAAGCGACGGCGGUCAAGGCGUAGCAACGUAAGCGAGCGGUCACCCUUAGUGGACAUCAACAACGUGAGUGAGACGCAGGAGGCGUCCAUGUCUCCGCUGUGACACCUCCGUCUGUGACACCUCCGUCUGUGCAAUAGAACUGCUGUUGCAUCACGGUGCAUAACGUCUUCAGCCAGAGCAAACAUCUGGUGUCCCCACCAUGAUGUAGGAUUAAACCCAACUCACUCACUCACUUCAGCAAUAAGGAUGAAACCUAGUUCACAAUACAGAUAGGGUUUGGAGGAAUUUCUAUAAUUAAGAUAUGAAUUAUUAUGUUAAUGACAUAUUAUUUUGUUCCUUGAACACAUUCAGACAAUGUGUAUAUGUCGCGUUGAUGUGAAAUUCUUCAUAAGAGUCCUUUUAAAGUCACGUUAAAAUCUUUGAAUUUUAGCGUGAAUGUUAUGUGAUAUAGGUAACCAGGGUAACCACAAUGUACAUAAUGUCUAUAUGUGAAGUGAUGGCCACUUCUAGUGGCUGGGCAUGACUGUUUCAAAUGUCUUUCAUGUCACACGCUUACAC